AAAAUUUAUUUUUUUCAUUUUCCUUUUGAGUUAUACUUUCUUACCUAAAAUGGUGUCUACCUCGGCAAACAAAGCGGAGAUUUUGUCUCGCUACCGCCGCUUCACUUUCUUUCUCAAUCCUAGGGUUCUAUUUUCAAUUCUCUAGAUUCUGAUCAGCUGUAGUGUCCAUAAAUUAGCUUUGGGCGAUGAAUGUAUAGAAGGAAUUAUGAAGGAUUUGGCAGCUAGUACUUGAGUGAUUAAUUGGGAAGCAAGGAGAAGAACUGGAUUAACUUUAGUUAUUUAUUUGUGGGGUUGUGUUGUAUUUGUCUACUCCAGGAUAUAUGUUUUGGGGGAACUGAAAUGAGUGUGGUUGGGUUUGAUAUUGGUAAUGAGAACUGUGUUAUUGCCGCCGUGAAACAACGGGGUAUUGAUGUGUUGUUGAAUGAUGAAUCAAAACGUGAAACGCCAUCUGUGGUGUGUUUUGGGGAGAAACAGCGGUUUCUUGGGGCUGCUGGUGCUGCUUCUGCUAUGAUGAAUCCAAAAUCCACAAUAUCUCAAGUGAAGAAAUUGAUUGGACAGAAUUUUACAGACCCUAAUGUUCAAAAUGAGCUGAAGGUGUUACCAUUUGAAACUUCUGGUGGACAGGAUGGUGGCAUUUUGAUUCACUUGAAAUAUUUGGGAGAGACACAUACAUUCACACCAGUUCAGAUCCUGGCAAUGCUCUUUUCACAUUUGAAAGAAAUCACAGAGAAAAAUUUGGAAAUGCCUGUUGCUGAUUGUGUGAUUGGGAUACCAUCAUAUUUCACAGACUUGCAGAGACGGGCAUAUUUGAAUGCUGCAACAAUUGCUGGGUUGAAGCCUUUGAGAUUGAUCCAUGACUGUACUGCAACAGCGCUUAGUUUUGGGAUUUACAAAACAGAUUUCUCCAAUGCAGGGCCAACAUAUGUUGCAUUUGUUGACAUUGGUCAUUGUGAUAUGCAAGUAUCAAUUGUGUCAUUUGAGGCUGGGCAUAUGAGGAUUCUAUCCCAUGCUUUUGAUAGCAACUUGGGAGGAAGGGACUUUGAUGAGGUUUUGUUUGGUUAUUUUGCCACACAGUUCAAGGAGCAUUACAAAAUAGAUGUAUAUUCUAAUGUAAGGGCUUGUAUUAGGUUAAGGGCAGCAUGUGAGAAGUUGAAGAAGGUUUUGAGUGCAAAUGCUGAGGCACCGCUAAAUAUAGAGUGCUUGAUGGAUGAGAAAGACGUUAAAGGUUUUAUCAAGAGAGAAGAAUUUGAGAGAUUGGCUUCAGGAUUACUGGAGAGGAUUUGUGUUCCUUGCAAGAAAGCUUUAGCUGAUGCAGGGAUACCAGUGGGGAAGAUGCAUUCUGUUGAGCUUGUUGGCUCAGGGUCUAGAAUACCAUCUAUUAGUAAGUUGUUAGCUUCUCUGUUUGGGAGAGAACCUAGCCGGACACUGAAUGCAAGUGAAUGUGUGGCACGUGGAUGUGCCCUCCAGUGUGCAAUGCUUAGUCCAGUUUUUCGAGUGAGAGAAUAUGAGGUUCAAGAUUCAUUUCCUUUCUCUAUUGGAUUCUCAUCAGAUAAAGGCCCAAUUGGCACAGAGUCAAAUGACAUAUUGUUUCCAAAAGGUCAACCUAUUCCGAGUAUCAAAGUUUUGACAUUCCAGCGAAGUAGUUUGUUUCAUUUGGAAGCAUUUUACACCAAUCCAAAUGAACUUCUCCCUGUUGUGUCUUCAAAAAUUAGUUCUUUCACAAUUGGUCCUUUCCCUGGCUCCUAUAGUGAAAACACAAGGAUUAAAGUUAAAGUCCAAUUAAAUCUUCAUGGCAUCGUCACCAUUGAGUCAGCUAUGUUGAUGGAAGACCAUGUAGAUGAUAAUGCUAGAAGGGACAAUGCUAAUCCAGAAAUAGACAAAAUGGAUGCUGACUCUGCUUCUUUUUCUUCAACAAAGUUUGCGAAUGGCAAUGAGGAUGAUGUGACAAUGCAUGCCAGAUUAUUAGAUGCUUCAGCUAAUGGCAUAAAAAGAGAUAAGGCCUGUCGGAGGCUUGAGAUACCGGUUACCGAGAAUAUAUAUGGUGGAAUGACUGAUGCUGAACUUUCAGAGGCUAAAGAGACGGAAUUUCAGUUAGCUCAACAGGACAAACUUGUGGAACAAGCCAAAAACCAGAAAAAUGCCUUGGAAUCCUAUGUUUAUGAGACCCGUAAUAAGCUUUUCAACAAAUAUCGGAGCUUUGCCAGUGAUCGAGAGAAAGAGGGAAUCUCCAGGAGCCUACAGGAGACAGAGGAGUGGCUUUAUGAAGAUGGUGAUGAUGAAACUGAGAAUGCUUAUACCUCAAAAAUGCAGGAUCUUAGGAAGUUGGUGGAUCCCAUUGAGAAUCGAUUUAAAGAUGAAGAAGCGAGAGCACAAGCUAAACGAGAAUUGUUAAAUUGCAUUGUGGAGUAUCGCAUGCAUGUUAAUUCUCUCCCAACUGAGGAUAGGGAAUUGAUCAUUAAUGAGUGCAAUAAAGCUGAGCAUUGGCUGAGAGAGAGAACCCAACAACAAGAUUCCCUACCCAAGAACACCAAUCCUGUAUUAUGGUCAUCGGAGAUAAAGAGGAGGACAGAGGAUUUAAACUUGGUAUGCAAACAGGCAAUGGAAAGGAAGUCUUCUCCACAAAAUUCAGAGGACAAGAAGGGCCCAGACCAUCAAGUAUAGGUUCAAGGCGUUGGAAGUCCUCUUCAGAAAAGUUCACUUAAAAUUCACAAUUGUAACGUACACAGUUUACACAGCCUAAUUAUACAAUUUUGAUAUCGACAGUCAUACACAAAAACUAGUAGUAGUAUGAAGGAUCCGGUUUUCCCUGCUUUUCAGUAACCUAAUGUCAUAUUACUACACAGGGCAGAUAGCGAGGUGCUCAUAAAGAUGGGUGGUCCAUAUGGCUUUUGAUCUAAGCACGUCAUGCUUAUUUACCUGUUUCAAUGCUUCUGGAUGUACAAAAGAAUUUUUGAAUUUUGCUUGAUUUUAACUGAUGUAACUAUAUUCUAUGCGUGGUUGAUUGGCAAGUGUGCCUCCAGCACUA